CCCCAAAUCCUCCAUCCUCGGAACCGCCGGCGACGGCGAUGGCGGGGACGAUCUCCCGCAUCCGGCUGGAGAACUUCAUGUGCCACUCCAGCCUCCACAUCGAGCUCGCCCAGCACGUCAACUUCAUCACCGGCCAGAACGGCAGCGGGAAGAGCGCCAUCUUAACGGCGCUGUGCAUCGCCUUCGGCUCCCGCGCCAAGAGCACGCAGCGGGCCGCCGCGCUCAAGGACUUCAUCAAGACCGGUUGCAGUCAUGCAACAGUUGUUGUUGAUAUCAACAACCAAGGGGAGGACGCGUUCAAGCCUGAACUAUACGGGAACUUAAUCAUAUUGGAGCGCAGGAUUACCGAGUCAACUAGUUCUACGCUUUUAAAGGAUCAACAUGGGAAGAAGGUGGCGCAUCGCAAAGACGAUCUCAAUGAGAUAGUCGAGCAUUUCAAUAUUGAUGUUGAAAAUCCUUGUGUAAUCAUGAGUCAAGACAAAAGUAGAGAAUUCCUGCACUCAGGAAAUGACAAGGAUAAGUUUAAGUUCUUUUUCAAGGCUACUCUUCUUCAACAAGUAAAUGAGUUGCUUGAGACAAUAAGAGAUCAGCUGAACAAUGCAGACUCUAUUGUUCAAGAGUUGGAGAAGUCAAUUAAGCCAGUGAUGAGAGAACUUGAUGAAUUGCGAGAGAAGAUAAAGAAUAUGGAACACAUAGAAGAGAUAGCACAUGAUAUUGAUAAUUUGAAGAAGAAGUUAGCUUGGUCAUGGGUUUAUGGUGUCGACAAGCAAAUUGAGGAACAAACAGUGAAACUCCAGAAACUCAAAGAGCGAAUUCCUGCAUGCCAAGAAAGAAUUGAUCGAAGUACAGCCGCCAUAGAUGAACUGAAGAAAGAACUAAUUGAAAAGGAAGAAAUCGUCAACUCUUUGAGGGAUAAGACUCGUGAAGUGAACAUGAUGAAAAAAAGUAUGGAAGACAAGAUUGCUGAGGUUGUGAAGCAGACGAUAGAACUAGAGGCAGAGCAUGUGCGUGGUACACGUUUGCUGGAGAAAAUGAAUGUCCAGCUAAAGAAAUUGCAGGCACAACUUCAUGAUUUUAGAACACAGCAUAUGCAGUCGACCCAGGCUGAAGCAUCUCAAAUUGAGGAAGACAUCAAGACAAUUCAAGGAGAGAUUGAUAAUCUUCAUUCAAGUGUUACAAGGUUAAGAGAGGAGGAAAAAAAAUUCUCUGAAGAAUUAUCAGGCAUUCAAAAAUCUAUCACUGACAUUACAAAAGAGAUAACUGAAAACGAUAGCAGGUUUCAACAAUUGAAAUCUCAAAUUAAUGAUCUUCAACACCGUCAAAGUAAUAAGGUGACCGCAUUUGGGGGACAAAGAGUUCUGAACCUCUUGGAAACAAUUGAGAGUAGCUACAGACGAUUCAAAAACCCACCUAUUGGUCCGAUAGGAGCUCAUCUGAAACUUGCUAGUGAGUUCUGGUCUGUGGCAGUUGAUUGCGCAUGCGGGAGGCUUUUGGAUGCUUUUAUUGUCUCUUGUCACAAGGAUUUGCAAAUUUUACGGGAAUGUGCGAAUAAAGUGCACUACGGUUACCUUCAAAUUAUCAUAUAUGAUUUUACUAGACCACGGUUGUUGAUUCCAGAUCAUAGACUUCCUACAACAGAGCACCCGACAGUACUUUCAGUUAUUCAUUCAGAAAAUGAUACUGUAGUAAAUGUAUUGGUGGACCAGGGCAACGCUGAAAGGCAGGUCCUGGUUCGAGAUUAUGAAGUGGGAAAAUCUGUUGCAUUUGAUUCUAGGAUACAAAACAUGAAGGAAGUGUAUACGGCUGAUGGGUACAAAAUGUUUUCUAGAGGGUCUGUUCAGACCAUUCUUCCUCCAUACAAAAAUAGAAGAGCUGGUCGGUUGUGCAGUUCAGUGGGAGAAAAAAUAGCUGAACUGAUAAAUGAAGCUAAUGGUAUUGAAAAAAUAAAGUCGGAAAAGAGCGCUCAGAGAAGGAAGUUAGUUAGUGACCAACAAAACAUCGAACAGAAAAUAACAAGUUUGAAGAGAAAACGGGUACCCGAGGAGCAUCGUUUAGCGAAUAAAAAAGUGCAUCUUGAUGAUGCCAAGAGAGCUUCUGUUGAAAAUAAUAGUUAUACUGCUGUGGAUACUACUGAACUAGAGGAGGAAAUAAAGCAAGGGAAGAUUGACAUUGAGCAAAAAGAACUAUUACUGCAGAAGAUCAGCGUAAGGUUAAGAGCAACUAUACAAGAUGUGAAUGAUAACAAAGCGUCUUACAAGACCUAUAUGGAUUCCAUGAAUGCGGAGACAGGGUCUUUUAGCAGCGCAAAUGAUGAAUUAGAUGUUGCUAAUCGUAAACUGGAUGCUGCACAGCAGGAGAAGACUCACUAUGAAGGUCUCAUGAAAACUAAAGUUUUACCUGAUAUCAAAAUGGCUGAAGCAGAUUAUGAAAAUCUUCAGCAGCUUCGUCAGGAGUACUUCAAGAAGGCUUCAGUUAUUUGCUCCGAGAGUGAUUUGGAAGCGCUGGGGCAUGUUGCUGGAUCCACUCCUGAACAAUUAAGUGCUAAGAUAAAUAGACUGAAACAUAGACUUGAUCAAGAAAGCAGAAGAUAUUCUGAGUCCAUAGAUGAUCUGAGGGCAUUGCAUGACAAAAAGGAACGGAAAAUCUUUAAAAAGCAACAGCUCUAUGCAGGUUUUAGAGUGAAAUUAAAUUCGUGUCAAAAUGCAUUGGACAUGCGAUGGAAGAAGUUCCAGAGAAAUGCUGGCCUUUUGAAGCGACAGUUGACUUGGCUGUUCAAUGAGCACCUUGGGAAGAAAGGAAUCAGUGGAUUCAUCAACGUGGAUUACAAGAAUAAAGUUCUGUCUGUUGAGCUCACCAUGCCUCAAGAUGCAUCGCGUGAUACCGUCAGAGACACUAGAGGACUGUCAGGAGGAGAGCGAUCUUUUUCGACACUUUGCUUCACCUUAGCUCUUCAUGGAAUGACAGAAGCACCUUUCAGGGCCAUGGAUGAGUUCGAUGUAUUCAUGGAUGCGGUAAGCCGCAAAAUAAGCUUGGACACCCUCAUAGAUUUUGCUGUUGCACAAGGGUCACAGUGGAUAUUUAUAACACCACACGAUAUCAGCAUGGUGAAGCCUGGAGAUCGGGUCAAGAAGCAGCAGAUGGCCGCCCCUCGCGGUUGACUCAGGACUGGGGCGACUUUCUGUGCUCAGUAGUCAGUACCGUGUAUAUCUCGUAGCCUUAGAGUCCACCUUGGUCAGAAUCUAUCUAGAACUGCUAGUUCCUACUUUUGUACAUAGCUCGUUUUGAAGUGAAAACAUAGCCAUAACGUAGUCAGGGACUUUACACCA